CAGAGAGCUCAAGUUCGAGAUCUCCUUGCGCCCCAGAAGGAGGAGGGGACUGAGAAGAUCGAGGAGAGUCGGGAGCUGUGGGUCCUGGGGUUUGGGGCAUUGAUAGCAGAUACGACAAGCAGAUACGACAAGAAAGAUGUAUUGACAACCACACAGAAGCAAACAAUACUUGUUGGGCAUGUCUACAACAUGUCCGUCCUCUUCGAAACAUCGCUCGGAGACCUCGUUAUUGACUUGGAAGUGGACGCAUGCCCCAAAACAUGCGAAAACUUUCUGAAACUCUGCAAGAUCUAUUACUAUAACUUGAAUGCAUUCUUCAACGUGUCCAAAGACUUUUUAGCACAAGCGGGAGACCCGACUGCCAGUGGUACAGGUGGACAGUCCAUAUGGUCACUCCUAGAUCCGUCGAAAGCUCGAUAUUUCACCCCCGAAUUUCGGCCGAAACUGAAGCACACUCGCAAAGGCACCGUUUCGAUGGCUGUUGCUCCGGAAGUGGAAGGAAGCGCUCAAGGGGGCUGCGGUAGUCAGUUCUUUGUCACACUUGCGGACGACAUCGACUAUCUAGACGGCAAACACUGCGUCUUCGGGCAUGUGGUGGAAGGCUUAGAAACACUUGACAAGCUGAACGAUGUCUUCACUGACAAGGACGGCCGACCAUUCAAGGACGUUCGUAUUCGUCAUGUCCUUAUCCUCGGUAUUGUGAUUUGGCUAAAUCAGCUCGAACUUACUAAACUCAUCUCAGAUGAUCCUUUUACCGACCCGACCGAGCUGGGCCGAAUACAGCCACCCUCGUCACCCAUCAGACCCCCUGACAAUUCUAAUCGUAUUGCUGAGGACGAAGACCCUCUGGAGACUUUACCUGAGGAAGAGGAAGAACGCAUCCGACGCGAAAAAGCUGCGGCAGCUUCUGCUCUUACCCUUGAACUAGUCGGAGAUUUGCCGUUUGCCAAUGUGCGCCCUCCCGAAAACGUUCUUUUCGUGUGCAAACUCAAUCCCGUCACGCGAGACGAGGAUCUUGAGUUGAUCUUCUCGCGGUUUGGAACGAUUAUGAGUUGUCAAGUGAUACGCGACAAAAGGACCGGAGACUCGCUUCAGUACGCCUUCAUCGAGUUCGACAAGCGUGAGGAAGCUGAACAGGCGAGCUUUCGUGCUUUUCCUGGCAAUCUGUCUAACGGUUACUCAGGCGUACUUCAAAAUGCAGAACGUCCUGGUCGACGAUCGACGUAUCUGGGUGGACUUGUGGCUCCCAAUCUGUCGCACGAACCAACACUUCAUGGUCCAACAAUAUCAAACGUGCUCCUCGAGGCCAAACUCGUGGAGGCUUUGCCGGUAGAGAUGAUCUGGAACGCACACAGAAAUACCGGAACGAGGACCGGGACGAUAGAGGUCGCGGUGGCUACAAUCUCGUCUUCGAUAUGCCCAAAUCUAGUUCGAAACGACGGUCACAUAGUCGUGAUCGUGAACGCUUUCGCCGGUCACGAUCUCCUCCGCGGCGCGACAAAGAUGAACGCCGACGAGGUUAAAUGA